GAGGGGUGUGGGGAGCUGCAGGCCACUCAACUGCUAAGGGUGGGUCACAGAGACAGAGACUUUCAGUCCCAGUCAGUAGAAGCAGACAUGGAGCUGGGGUCUACUGUAACUGCUGUGAGGAGCCAGAGGGUCCUGAUAGGAGACCAUGUCUGUCCUGCUGUUGUCCUCAUAAAGGAUGGAAGAAUUCAUCAAAUCCUCACCGAAAUCAACUCCUCUGCAGAUGCUGGAUGUGAGGAGGUGCUUGACGUCGGCGACAGUGUGGUGAUGCCCGGCAUUGUGGACAGCCAUGUCCAUGUGAAUGAACCAGGACGCACCUCCUGGGAGGGUUUCUGGACAGCCACCAGGGCUGCUGCAGCUGGAGGGGUGACCACGAUUGUAGACAUGCCCCUAAAUAGCGUCCCUCCAACCACCACUCUGGAUAAUUUUCACGAGAAGCUGCGGGAGGCGACAGGGAAGUGUUUUGUGGACAUGGCCUUCUGGGGAGGUGUAAUUCCUAAUAAUCAGCUUGAACUGCGGCCCAUGAUCCAAGCUGGAGUAGCUGGCUUCAAAUGUUUCCUCAUCCAUAGUGGUGUGGAGGAGUUUCCCCACGUGACUGACUCGGAUCUACACACUGCCCUGAAGCAGCUGCAAGGCACAGGAAGUGUCUUGCUGUUUCAUGCAGAGUUAGAUGUUGAGCAAAUAAUAGAGGAGACAGAUGACCCUUGUCAGUACUCCACUUUUCUCCAGUCCAGGCCAGAUAUCAUGGAGAUAGAGGCCAUUCGCAAUGUCACAGAACUCUGCCUGCAGUACCAGGUGCGGUGCCAUAUUGUUCAUUUGUCCUCUGCCAAGUGUCUGAAACUGAUCCAGGCGGCGCGGCAGGCCGGGGCCCCGCUGACGGUGGAGACGACCCACCACUACCUCACACUGUGUGCUGAGAACAUACCUGCAGGGGCCACUCAGUUCAAGUGCUGUCCUCCCAUCAGAGGAUCAGAGAACCAGGAGCAGUUAUGGUCAGCAUUGAAAGCUGGGCAGAUUGACAUGGUAGUGUCUGAUCACUCUCCCUGCACCCCGGAUCUUAAGAAACUGGAUAGUGGAGACUUCACUCAGGCCUGGGGAGGAAUUUCUUCACUGCAGUUUGGUUUGCCUCUGUUCUGGAGUUCAGCCAGACAGAGAGGCUUCCAGCUGUGUGAUGUGGCGAGGCUUCUCAGCCACAGAACAGCCCAGCUGUGCAGUCUUGACAGCCAGAAAGGCAGAUUGAGCCCCGGCUAUGAUGCCGACUUGGUUAUAUGGGACCCAGAAAGAGAAUUUGAGGUAAGAAUGAGUCCUUAUCCUAAACAUACGAAUCAGCUUUGUUUCAUCGUCUGUUGUACUUCACAGGUUCAAGAAGCAGGUAUUCACCAUAAAAACAAGACAACUCCUUACCUUGGUACCACACUGCAUGGAGUGGUGUGUGCGACUAUCCUCAGAGGACGGCUGGUGUACAAAGAAGGCUCCUUCUGCCCCGAGCCUCUGGGCAAACACCUCCUCAUCCCUCAGAGGGAAACUCAAACGCAGCUCUGAAGCAUUCAAAUGACUCUCACAGACUUUCAAUUGAAAAAGAACCUGGAACAACUGCUUGUUUGAUGGAUUGUUGAAGACAUGAUUGUAACCAGUAAUACUGUCAGAGUCAGACUGUAUAUUAAAAUGUCAGCAUUUUCCAUCUGAACAAAGUUACUAAAACAUCAGUAAAUUCAAAGAAAGACUA